AUGAUGCGGCAGUGCAUGGGGGAGUGCAACAACUUCUGCCUGCCCAAGUGCGAGGGGCGCAAGGAAAGGCUCAAGGCGCAGCAGGCUCAGUCCACCAGCGCCAAUCUCCAGAUGAUGUCCGUCAACUGCACCCGCGCGUGCCGGCGAACGUGCCUGGGGUCAUGCAAGCCCAAGGUGCAGGAGAGAGUUGCUGUGCUGCGGCAGGACUACGCCAACAAACUGCAUCCCUUCUAUAAGAAGGAGAGGAACGGCACGGGCGUUGACGGACAGUAUCCGCCCGGAGACUGGAGGAGAAACACCUUCCUUGGCUCGAAGGAUCAGAGCUUCGGCUUCGGCCGCCCCAGGCAUGGAGGAGAAGGUCGCAGGCGCGCGAGAGAGAGCUGGGGAGAGGGACGAGGAGGAGGAGGAGGAGGAGGAGGAGAGGGAAUGGCAGCCAAGAAGGGCUCUUUCUCCUGGACCUGGUACGGAGGCCUCCUCCUCGUCUGCCUGCUCGGUUUCGGCGUCGGUUACUGGCAAUGGCAGAGCAGAAGAUGGAGGAAGGGAAGGGGAGCUGCGAUGAGGUCGCUCUAG